CAUAAAUGGAAAACAGAGGGCUCAGUCCCUGCUUUAUUUGGAUUUUAAUGAGGAGGUGAAGACGAAACCUGCAGAGUUGUUUUUAUCGCAAAGUCAGAAGAGGAAAGGAGUGAUGAAAAGAGAUACAGAGCAUAGAUGACAGCAGUCUGACGCAGGGACAGCAGCAACAGGAGGAGGUACAUGUGAAUUUAAACGCCACAGGACACAACACGGCACAAGAAACAAGGCAAGCAUGAGUCAAACUUCAAUCGAGCUUCAGCUUCUGCAAACAGACCAGUCAAAGUCAUAUACAGAACCAGAGAGCCAGCAUCAAGCUCCAUCUGAGCUGCAAUUGACGGAGCAACCUCACAAUUCCCACCAGCUUCAUCAGCGGAACCCACUCCAGCCAGAGCAACAACUGUUAAACUCUGAGCGUCAAAAGAAACUGAUUGGUCUUCUUCUAGGAUUUUUUAUAGGCACGGCCAUUCUGGGACUGAUCUACUACAUCCAAUAUGGUCAGAACACAGGAAGCAUAAACAAUGCAGCGUAUGUAACCCCGUGUGUGUCUUCAGCUUGUCAGUGGGCAGCUGCUCGCCUGUCCAUGUCUACUGACCCCUUUACCCAGCCCUGUGAUUACUUUAUGUCCCCAUGUGGAUCAAAAGGAUCUCCAUUGAAGAGCAGAGGGGGACAAAGAGGUCACAGUAUGCAAGGUUAUUCACAAAACCUGAUGGAUCGUCCAGCAGAAACAGAGCCAGAAAACCAAAAGGAUCACAGAACACUGACAGAAGAUAGGAAUCUGAGCCGGAAACAUCUGCUCCUGCAGUAUCUCAGGGGGAUUUUAGAGACCAACCACAGUUCAAACAGCUCUGCUGUCCGGAAGACGAAAGACUUCUACCAUUCCUGCUUAGACACCAAAUCUUUAGAAACUGCAGGGGCAGAACCCUUCCUAGAACUCAUCCAGAAGCUGGGAGGCUGGGCAGUGUCUGGUCAGUGGAAUAAGACGGACUUCAACUACACUCUUGGUUUAUUAAUGAGAGAAUAUGGGACAUUUCCAUUCUUCAACCUGUAUGUAGGCAAAGAUCCGAAUGAUGCUCCCAGCAACAGGACUAAAAGAUACAUUCAGAUUGACCAACCAGAUCUCUUGAUCCCAAUUGAAUGGAACAGUGAAAAACAGCAGUCAAGAGCUAAAGCUGAGACCAUACGCCCCUUCCUGUCGUCAUGUCAAAGCUACCUGGCAUUCCUGGGAUCCCCUCCUUCCAACCGCUUGUUCCAUGUUGGCACGUUCAUCUCUCUGUCCUCUGAGCUCGCUGUGGCCACCUCACCUGUGCAGUAUCGCCGGUUAAAAGGACAACUCUUCCAGCGAAUGACCAUUAGAGAGCUACAGAGUCAGGCUCCUGCAAUUGACUGGCUGGGCUGUCUGCAGGCUGCCUUCCAUCCACUCUCCCUAAGUGAAGAUGAUCAAGUCCUUCUUCAUAACCUACCCUACAUUAUUCAAAUGUCCAAAAUCAUCAACAGAUGGUUGCAAAAGCCUUUUAUCAGCAGCAGCAGUUUUCUUGAAACAUAUAUGUUUCUGAAUCUGCUGCACACUCUGAUGCCCGCCAUGGAUUCUAGAUUUUCUGAAACAGCAAAGAAUAUGUCGUUAGCAUUAGGGAACGUUGAAGAGGAGGUCCCUCGCUGGAAACACUGUUUACUGGAGACCGAAACAGGAUUCGAUACAGUUCUCACACAUCUUCUCAGUGAGAGGAUGGCACGCCAGAAGACUGAAGAGAUUAUUGAAAAUGUAUUUUUUUCCUUCAUAUCCAAAAUAAUGGAGCUCAAGUGGAAAGAUCACAAGCCUUUUCAGCAUUUUAUUGACAAGGUUUACUCUUCACCUCCAAGACUAUGGUCCUCCCAGAUUUCUGAUAAGGGUGAUCUUGACCUAUUAUUUUCUGAGGUGACCAUCAGCUCCAAUGGCUUCUUCUCCAACUACCUUCAGCUACUAUCUCUAUGGCAGAAGAGACGCAGUAAACUCUUGGCUGAGCAGACCGAUGCUGCCUAUAGUCUCUCUGUCACACCUGCCCUUGUAAGUGAUGGGGUUGUCUUCCCGAUGGGAAUGUUUGUGCCCCCUCUUUUCCACCCCACCUAUCCAAAGGCCAUGAGUUAUGGAGCAGUGGGUUUCCUUGUUGCCAAAGAUAUCUUUCACCUGUUUGUGCGUGAGAUUUUCUCUCACAAUGAGACUAUGUAUGCCGUGGGGGAAUGUGUAUGGGCUCAUUACCUCAAUGCAUCUGAAAAUUCAGGGCAGGUUGAGGCCUCAGUGCUCUCCGAAGGGCAGCAGCAAGAGUUGUGGUUGCAGUACUCUGCACUGCAGGUGGCGCUGCAGGCCUAUCAUCACAGUCUAAGCCAGAAUCCUGCUGACACCUCUGUUUCAGGGCUGCAUCACACUCAACUGUUUUUCAGAUCUUUCUCUCAGGUAAUUGUAUAUGUAUACUAA